AUGAUCGAUGAUGUUGCGUGCGUUAAGUUAAGACGGCAAAGAAGAGGCGGCGCGCGAAGUGGCGGUGUGCAGCCACCGGUCGAGCCCAAGCGCUCGCAAGCACCGCCGCUUUGUUCUACGCUCGCCUCACUUGCUGCCACCUUCAUCGCCUCACGUUGCCGCGCCUACUCCUUAGAGCGCAUGCCCCGUAUGAAUCUCACGGAUCCCCGCAACGUCACGAAAAUGAAAUGCGGUUCGGAGCUUCGUCCAUUCGCCCGGCACGCCGUCAUAGCGAGACCGUCGUUUGAUGCGAGAGGUCUCUCCUAUAGUCCCUAUAGCUAUCGAAAAGAUCCGUUGCGUGGUAGUUCGACCCUAUUUAGUCGAGCACUCAAAAGGGAGCGCGAGGUAGCACCGGUAUCGAUCUGA